AUGUCGCCCAUCGCAACAGGAGGCUUCAAGUACUGGGCCGUGGCCUUCAUUGUUUGCAACUUCAAUGUCGAUAUAGGUUUCCCUGAGCAGCAAAACACCGAGACCGCUGAGGAUCUUGCCUACGACUUUGCCAUUACCAACAACUCCCCUGACAUCAAACUAACUUCGCCCAAUGCCCCUCAUGGUAGUUCUGAUACUCUCUAUGGCUCGUGCAUCUUCCGCCAGGAGUUCGACGAUACCAUGAAAAGGAGUUUUAAUCAAAGGACGCUGGUCUUGAUCUCGCAUCACAACUUCACCGCCUUCCACCAUCGCCUCCUACGAAAGAUGACAGAAACAGGCCAUAUCAGCGACCCAUCGACCAUAGAAGCGGCCUACUCACAAAUGAAUACAUGGCACCCGCCGGCUUUGGGACAUCACGACCUCCCGUUUAUGGGAAACAACUUGGCAUUGGACAUUGCGCCUCAUCGAUCGUUCCCGUUGCAGGGCCUCCCAGGACCAACUCCUUUGAUCUCAGACACACCCCUCUCCAUUUAUGCAUAUGAACCGAUAGGCUCUUGGGACAACAUCAUGCACUACAUGCCCUGCAUCACUGACCUUUACGUGCUUUACGAAAAGCUAGUACUCUGUGAAAGCGUAAUCGUCAUUGCAAAGUCGCCUCAGCUAGCGAGUGAGGCUGUGUCUUCACUCGUCGAUCUCAUUUGCCCAGUACCAUACGCUGGUGUGGUCAAGCCUUACAUGACCAUGCAGGCAAAUUUCAAGAGCAUUGGCAUCGAUGGCGGCACCCCGAUAUCUUUCGUUAUCGGUAUCACCAACCCAUUCCUUCUAAAGCGUAUCGUCGCUGCAGCAGAAGCCAGCCACAAGGCCAGACCGCACAUACUGUACCUCCAGAACUUUGAUGGUCCCGUACCGACGCGGCGCCACCACUCGCUACACCACAAGUCCAGUCGUAACGCAUUGCUAGAUCUACCCGGCGGCGGAAUUGAAGUCCACACACCGUCCAAACGCUUCCUCAAAUCUGAUCCUACCAUUCUCUCGCAAAUCGAAACUCUGCUCAAGCUCGGCGAUCAAACGCGUGAGCUGGGCCCCAUCAUUCGACGUCACUUUGCCGAACUCACUGCACAAUUCAUCGCGCCCAUCAAUCGCUACCUUGCCACAUCAAACGUCGUAACACCUGGCGGAAUGAACCGUUACGCGAGUUUCAGUGUACCGGAUUUCCUGAGUAGUGUAAGGAAAUACGGCACCAGCGUCAACUUCCGCGGGAAUGGGCCGAUCCAGCGACACAGAGCAAGGGACGGGUUAUACGAGACGUUUUGCAGAUCUCCCAACUUCUACUCGUGGCUGGAGAUGAAGAUUUCGCUCGAGAAUGAGGCAUCGGCGGGAAUGUUGAACACACCUGUUACAUCCCCGGUUGCCAGCACUUGA